CAUCCAUGGCUGCUGCUGCUAUGGCUUCCAGCAGCUGCACUUCUCUACGCCCCUCCCCACCUCUCCCCACUAGAUUCACACCGCCCCUUGGCUGCUCCUUGCUGAAGCUCAACCAGAUAAAGAGCAGCGGCUCGUUUCUGGUCUCGACACCCAGUUUCUUCCCUAAGCCUGUGAGAGCAUCCAAGACGGAGGAGACUAAAGGUUCGACAUCAGGCACAGGAAAAGAUGGUGACGAUAAAGAGGAGGAAGAAAAAGAAGAGGACCAAGAGUAUGAAGUGGAGCUGGUGCAGCCGUAUGGCUUGAAAUUCGCCAAGGGCAGAGAUGGAGGAACAUACAUUGACGCCAUUGCGCCCGGAGGAUCCGCCGAUAAGGCCGGGGUGUUCUCCGUCGGGGAUAAAGUAAUUGCCACCAGUGCUGUUUUUGGAGAAGAAAUUUGGCCUGCUGCAGAGUACGGACGAACAAUGUAUACCAUUCGGCAAAGAAUUGGCCCUCUGCUGAUGAAAAUGCAGAAGAGAUACGGGAAGAUGGACGAGACUGGUGAGUUAACAGAAAAGGAAAUCAUCAGAGCCGAGAGGAACUCCGGCGUCAUCGGCGGCAGAGUGCGGGAGAUUCAAAUGCAGAACUACCUAAGGAAGAAGGAACGCAAGGAGCAAAGGGAAAAGGACCUCCGCGAAGGACUGAAGCUUUACAGGAGCGGAAAUUACGACGGGGCUUUGGAAAAGUUUGAAUCAGUAUUAGGCUCAAAACCGGAACCUGAUGAAGCUGCAAUAGCCAGCUACAAUGUAGCUUGCUGUUAUUCGAAGAUUAACCAGAUACAAGCAGCAAUUUCUGCACUCGAGGAGGCUCUCAAAGAUGGUUUCGAAGACUUCAAGAGAAUCCGAUCAGAUCCCGACCUCGAGAAUGUCAGGAAAUCAGAGGACUUUGAACCUCUUAUGAAGAAAUUUGAUGAAUCAUUUAUCAACGAAAAUGCCAUCAAUGCUAUCAAAUCUAUAUUUGGAUUCAACAAGAAGUAAGAACUGGAGCACCCAGGAGCAGCUAAACUUUAUUACAUCCCAAUCUACUGGAUGCCGAGAAAAGAGCACUCAGUUAUCGGAUCCUGCAAAUAGGACUAGCUGAUCAUUGUAAGUAUGCAUCUUUUCGUACUCUUCUUUUACAUUCAGAGGCAGUUUCAAUUGUUUUUCAAUUAAAUGUUACUUAAAAAAUUGAUAAGUGAUAUACAAACAAAACAUCAAUUAUAGCAUAAAAAUCUUGGAAGCAUAAUAAAAUUGCUACUGCAAGAAAAUCUUGGGCUUGCUUCUGCGA